AUUUCUGGGUAUUGGGAGUCAUUCCGUGAUUUAGUCAUUGAAGAGACGUCGCUAUAUUUAUUGUUGAAAAUACGCACCUCCCUUGGCUAUCAAGUUUGUCAACGACCCCCGUGGACACAUCAUCUAGAUUCCACAUCAAUCCUGAUGCAGGAAACGACUACCGAAUCGUCGGAAAUCAAACGCCUCCACAUCACCCCCUUUGAUCCCUCUAUCCUCCCGUCCGUUCUCCCCGCUUCAAUUCGACCUCUGGCGUCCGAGAUAUCCUUCCACUCAAUCGCGACCUUUCCCGAAAACAGCUACGGUUACGUGAGCCUGCCUGCGAUGGAGGCCGACAAGAUCAAGAAGAAGCUCAACGGGUCGAUCCUCAAGGGCAAGAAGUUCAAGGUGGAGGCGGCCCGGCCGUCUAAACGGCGCAGGGAUGAGGACGAUGAUGAAGCUGCGGAGCCCACGCCCAAGUCUGACAAGAAGUCCGACAAGAAGGCCGACAAGAAGUCCAAGAAACGGAAGGCGACAGAGAAUGUGGUGGAGGGGUACGAGCUUCCGGCGGAUCGGCACGUAAAGAGAAGUUGGACCGAGUCGACGGGUGCCAAGGAGAAACGCCGGACAGAGGAAAAGAGGAAGAAGGAGAAGGGUGAGAAGAAGGCCAAAUUGCAGGCCAAGUCGAAAUAUAGCGAGAAGUCCGAGUGUCUGUUCCAGGCCAAGCUUCCUCCAAACCGCGUCUCCAACGGUGAAAAGAAGGACAAAUCGUCCAAAAAGAAGAAGAACAAGGACCCUUUACAAACUACCGUCCACGAGUUUGAAAACACCGUGACAUACCCUAGCUUUCUCCGUGCCGCAGGCGAGGAUGUCGCGCCUGUCUCUCGAUUCGAGGAAGGGAAAGGCUGGGUCGAUGCGUCUGACAAUGUCAAAGAGAAACCCAGUGAGCGCGUCCGGACCAAAGACCACAAACCCGGGCAGUUGCCAGGAGCGAAGGAGAAGCGGCCAUCGCUCAAGCGUGCUCAAGCCAAAGUAAAGAAGAACAAGGCCUCUAAGGAAUCUACGAGCGAAUCGGAAGAUUGGACUUCAAGCGACGCCUCAUCUGAUGACAGCUCUUCCGACUCGGAAGAUGACGACGACAGCGUAUCUUCCAGCGCAUCGGAAACUUCCAAGACUUCUACGGCAGGAAACAAACAUCCGACUGCGCAGUCCAAUCCCACAGAGGCAGAGGCAGAUUCCAGCUCUUCAGAAUCGGACUCCGAGACAUCAGUGAAAUCGGACGAACGUCCGGCAGAAACCACGAAUGAGCCAAGCGCGAGCGAUGUCCAUCCGCUCGAGGCUCUCUUCAAGCGACCAGCGCCCAAGACUGCCGAGAAAGCGCCAGAACCAGAGCCCACUGCACAAUUCAGCUUCUUUGGACAAGGGGAUGAUAUCGACUCCGACGAGGAAAUGAAAGAGCCCGCCGCCACUGCUGAGGCUUCUGAAGCUCCCCAAACACCGUUCACGAAAAGGGACCUGCAAAGCCGGGGUUUGAGAAGCGCGGCGCCGACCCCGGACACGGCCCUAGUCAAUCGAAACAUCAAGUGGGACUCGGAGGAGGAAGAUGACAGCGCAACGGAGGCCGGUGUCGUCAAUACGCCGCUUCGAAAAUUCGGAGCCGCAGAAAACGCGGAGUCCGAUUUCGCCAAAUGGUUCUGGGAGAACCGCGGUGACAACAACCGGGCUUGGAAGAAGCGACGACGCGACGCGGCCAAGGAACAGAGACAACGAGAGAACCGAAGCAAGGGAAUGAAAGGGAGAUCCUAGGGUUGGGGUGCUUUAUCUCUUGGGGGGGUUUCGCAUCGGAAAAUAUAGCAGGCAUUUGGAGCAGUAUAUUUAGCUAAUAG